UCGCACGCGAGCGUUCCACUAAAUCCGGGAGCAGGUGGCAGGGCUGACUCCUGGCAUACGAACCGAACGUGCUAAGCGCACUGCGCACCCGGCUCACCUUAGCACAGAGCCUUAUCAUCCAUUCAAUCACAUAAAGAUGCUCGAAAUGCAGAAGACCCGAAGAAAAUUCAGAGGAAAUGCGGGCUGAUGACGCGAGGGAGCUGCUAGGGUUUUCAUCGUAGGUACGGACGAGAAAUCCCUCCCCGAAAUUGCAUCCGAUUUUCAUCUGGAUCUCACGAAAUCAUCACAGGAGUUGCAAAAGAAUCAUAACCACCAACUUGUUCUUCUUGAAGCUCUUCAAUAUUCAUAUCAUCGGUAUCAAUGACACCUUGCACAUCAAAUUCAUGGGAGCCAUCAACUCAUCUUCAUUUGCCUAACACCAUUUAGAUAUCGUGAUAGAGAUAAAUUGACAGGAGCAGGAGGGAGAGAGGAGUGGGGGAGGGGGGAGUGCGGGUGUUGAUUCUUCGUAUGUGCACAUGGCAUUAUUUAACGGCAAUCAGGAUUGUCCAUCUAGUGGAACCUACCAUGGAUGCUGCCACACCAGAAAAGGAAACAACUGUUGCUGUUUUACUAUUUGAAUGGUUCGAGAGAAGACCCCACUUCGAUCAAGAGGUGAUCCUGGAUGGGAACAUGGUGUUGCCCAAGAUGAGAGAAAGAAAAAAGUAAAAUGCAAUUAUUGUGCGAAAAUAGUUAGUGGUGGCAUAUACAGAUUUAAGCAGCAUUUAGCUAGAGUUUCUAAGGAAGUUACACAUUGUAAAAAGGCUCCUGAUGAAGUAUGCUUGAAAAUGAAAGAACAUAUGGACGGAUAUCGAACUAGCAAGAAACGACGGCAAUCUGAAGAUGAAGAACAGCCAUCUCUCGAUCUUCACUCCAAUGAUGAUUAUGAUGAGGAAGAGGAACCUACAGGAUAUAAACAGAAGCAAAAGCAGGUGAGUGAUGAUAAAAGUUUGGUUAUAAGUUUGGCCCCUCUUCGAUCGUUAGGGUAUGUUGACCCUGGAUGGGAACAUGGCAUUGCACAAGAUGAGAGGAAAAAAAGGGUAAAAUGCAAUUAUUGCGAAAGAGUAGUCAGUGGGGGCAUAAACCGAUUUAAACAACAUCUUGCUAGGAUUCCUGGGGAGGUUGCAUCUUGUAAAAAGGCACCUGAGGAGGUAUAUCUCAAAAUAAAAGAAAAUAUGAAAUGGCACCGUACUGGCAGGAGACAACGGCGACCAGAAACAAAAGAAAUAGCGGCUUUCUAUAUGCAUUCUGAUGAUGAUGAUGGCGAAGAGGAAGAAGAAGAAGAGCUUACAAACAGUAGAAGUAGGAAAACUGAAGGGAUUGGCAAUAAAAGCUUUAGUACUGGCACUAGUAAAGGUACACGCAAGAGAUUUAGGGCUGUUUCACCUGUUAGUGGUACUACCGGCGUGGAACCACAAAUAAAAAUGUCAAAAUUAGAUUAUGUUCUUGCAAAGGCUCCGAGGAGUAGCACACCAUUAUCCUACAUGCAGCCAAGGGUAAAGGAGGGGUUUGAUAAGAAGAAGACGCGUAAGGAAGUGAUCUCUGCAAUCUGUAAAUUUUUUUAUCAUGCUGCGGUACCAUUUACUGCAGCCAGCUCCCCUUAUUUUCAUAAGAUGCUGGAUCUAGUUGGUCAAUAUGGCCAAGGGCUAAAAGCCCCUUCUAGUAAAAUGAUCUCUGGGCGCUAUCUCCAGGAUGAAAUCGCAACCAUCAGAGAGUAUCAAACAGAAUAUAAGGCUUCUUGGGCCAUCACUGGUUGCACUAUUAUGGCAGACAGUUGGAAAGACGUGCAGGGCAGGACACUAAUCAAUUUCUUAGCGUCUUGCCCACGGGGUGUAUAUUUUGUUUCUUCUGUGGAUGCAUCAGAUAUAAUAGAAGAUGCUACAAAUCUUUUUAAAUUGCUUGACAGAGUUGUAGAGGAAGUGGGUGAGGAAAAUGUAGUGCAGGUGAUCACGGAAAAUACAGCAAGUUAUAAGGCUGCCGGGAAAAUGCUUGAAGAGAAGAGGAGGAAUUUAUUUUGGACACCUUGUGCUGCCUAUUGCAUUGAUGCAAUGCUUGAAGAUUUCAUGAAGAUAAAGUGGGUGGGAGAGUGCAUGGAGAAAGGCAAAAAGAUGACAAAGUUCAUUUACAAUCGUACUUGGUUGUUGAAUCUCAUGAGGAAAGAAUUUACAGAGGGGAAAGAGCUUGUUAGGCCAUCUAUCACCAGGUCCGCCACCAGUUUUGCUACAUUGCAAAGCUUGUUGGACCAUAGGAUUGGUCUUAAGAAAAUGUUCCAAUCAAACAAAUGGACUUCAUCUCGUCUUGCAAAAUCAGAUGAUGGUAAAGAGGUUGAAAAAAUCGUUUUAAAUUCUACAUUCUGGAAGAAGAUGCAGUAUGUAAACAAAUCUGUGGAUCCAAUUAUGCAAGUGCUUCAAAAGGUGGAUAGUGACAAAGGCCUGUCGCUGCCAUCAAUCUAUAAUGAUAUGUAUCGGGCUAAGCUUGCUAUUAAAGUUAUUCAUGGUGAUGAUGCACGAAAGUAUGGACCAUUCUGGACUGUAGUAGACAACCAUUGGACUUCGUUGUUCCACCACCCUCUCUAUGUAGCAGCAUACUUCCUUAAUCCAUCGUACCGUUAUUGUUCCGAUUUCCUAGUGCAUCCUGAAAUAAUCCGUGGUUUAAAUGAAUGCAUUGUUCGAUUAGAACCAGACAAUGGAAGGAGAGUUUCAGCAUCCAUGCAGAUUUCUGAAUUUGUUUCCGCGAAAGCUGAUUUUGGAACUGAGUUGGCCAUAACUACAAGAACAGAGCUUGACCCAGCUGCUUGGUGGCAACAACAUGGGAUUAAUUGCCUGCAGCUACAAAGAAUCGCCAUCCGGAUAUUAAGUCAGACAUGCUCAUCUUUUGGCUGCGAACACAACUGGAGUGCAUUUGAUCAUUUACAUAGUAAAAGGCGCAAUUGUUUGGCCCAGAAAAAAUUGGAUGAUCUUAUCUAUGUUCACUUCAAUUUGCGCCUUAGGGAACGACAGCUUAGAAGAAAGCCCGAUGACUCUGUCAUCCUUGAGAGUGUACUGUUAGAGAGCCUAUUGGAUGACUGGGUUGUAGAAACGGAGAAACUGGCCUUCCAGGAAGAUGAGGAGAUUCUUGAUAAUGAGAUGGAACAAGCCGAGGCAGAUGAAAACGAGGUGAACGAGAAUGAAUAUGUAGAUUUAGAGGCAAGGAAGGAGCAUAUGGAGACGCAGACGAUUACUGAAGUGGGAGAGCCACUAGCGGUUCAUCCUGUGACUAUGGUUCCUCCUGCCAAUGAUGACGACAAUGAUGACGAUCUUGAUUUGCUCGAUGAUUAUUUGAGUGAUUAGUCAACGUUUAUAUUUUCCUCAUCUCGAUCAACUGAUAAAUUGAUGAGUACCCUUGUAAUGACUAUUCAUUGGUAAACAGUUGUCAAGUUAUCGAGAAGAAAAUUCGAUUUCGAAAUGUAAUUUUAUUAAUUAAGAGGCCAAUCAGUAAACCACAUUGAUUGACUUGAGGUA